GAGGUUAACUGGGGGGGGGGGGCUGGUGCCCCUGAGGCAGCUCACAUGCAUCUCUCUCUUCACUCAGGGCUGGUGCACGAGUGUCAGGAGGAGAAAGGCCAGCUGUGUUGCAGCAAAGGCCCUCCAGACACUCACCAUCAACCUGUUCCAUAUCUGCAAUGGCACAGCAGGACAAAGUCUUGAAAGAGCAAGGUGAAAGAGAAGUCUCUCUCCCCACAGUUCCCAUGGCUACAGAGAGGAUGCCAAAGCAGACUUGUGCCUGCUGUGUCGCCGGGCAGAGGCGGACCCAGACAUCUGUGGGAUCAAGAGGGUGAAGUUCAGGCUCUGUGUCCAUAUCUACUGCCAGGGACACCAGACGCAUCAUCCAGGAGGCAGCCAAGAAGCAUUGUUUCGCUUGCAGCAAGAUGGGGGCCACCAUCACUUGCUGGAAGACGGGGUGUGAGCGCAGCUUCCAUCUGCCCUGUGCCCCACAGGGUGAAUGCGUCACCCAGUUCUUCGGGCUCUACAGGUCCUUCUGCUGGGAGCACCGCCCACGGCAGGCAGUGCAGGCCCGUCCAACGCAGAACAACACUUGCAGCAUCUGCCUGGAUACCGUGGAAGACAAAACAUCCUACAAAACAAUGGUGUGCCCCGCGUGCCAAGAUGCCCACUUCCACCGGCACUGCAUCCAGAGACUGGCUCUCCACGCUGGCAUCUGCUUCCGGUGCCCAUGCUGCCAGAACCAAGAGCUGUUUCUGAUGGAAAUGCUCACAAUGGGGAUCCGAAUCUCCAAGAGCAGACCUCCAUCAUGGGAGAGCGACCCAGCAGUCGGAGCAUUAGAUCAGAGGCACAGCCGCUGCGACGCCAGCACGUGCCUUUGCCCGGGAGGCAGGAAGCACACAGAGGAAGAGGGGCCCUGGGAACUGCUCCUGUGCAGCUCCUGCACUGCAGAGGGCACUCACCGACACUGCUCCUCUUUGGAGAGCAGCACCAGCUCCUGGGAGUGCAAGGGCUGUGCUGGCACAGAGACUGGGUCCACUGACAAUUCAGAGCUUGUCAGGCCCAACACCUCCAGCCAGGCAGCAUCAGGGCUGUGCCAUGCAAGCAGCAGCCUCUCCAGACACCCUGGGCCAGCCCAGAUCCAACACUGCACACAGAGACUACAGCAGGCACAAAACUCAGGCAGCCCCACAGUAAAAUGCCCAAGGAUCAACCAUGUGCCACUGCUGAGUGCUGAGACCAGCAGCCUCAGCACUUCCAGUCAGGCAGGGUCGAGCUUGUCCCAGAACACGUUGCCCGUCUGCUUUCCCUGCCCUCGGCAGGGCUUGAAGCGGCAGCGCCCGGAGCAGGACGAGUCCUGGACACCCUACAGCCCGCCGGCAAAACGCCGCAGGAUCUCCGAAGAGCCAGCCCAGGGCGCUCCGGCCAGCGGGCCCAGCACCUUCAGUCAGGCAUCGUGGCUGUACCGCAGCAUUUGGGUGGCCAACAGAGCAUUAGCACAGUUACUACCACUGUACAGGCCGUCAUGGCUCUUCCCCAGCUCCGUGAGGGAAAACCGCUCCCAGCUGGGGCCGGUUCGGAUGCGACACAUCUCACGGCAGCAGCGGCGGGCGAGGAAGCCCUACAGCCUGCCCCGAAACCACCGCAGGACCAGGUGUGCGCCAGCCCCACGUGCUGGGCCCCCCCCACCACCACAGAAACACAAGAAAAAAAGAAAAUAAAAGUUCGUUUGCACUGGGA